GAAAGGACUAUCUUUUGAAGAAAUGUGGGGGAAUCCAACAGCGCGAAAGAUCUCAAAGGCCACAUACAACUUGUGGCUCACAAAUCUCCCCCUUUGAUGAUGUGGCAUUCCCCACCUCGUUAAACCCCACUACCAUUUCACCCUUCUCUUCUCUAAACUCCUCUUCCUCCCCCCUCCCUCCUCCUCGAUCAAACUCAAAAACCACACCAACUACAAUAUACGCAAACACCCAAAACACUUGGAACUCUGUGUCUUUGUGUCUUUCUUCGUUUGAAACACAAAGAGACUCUUGUAUUGGGUUUUAAUCAAAAUUACUAGAAUGUCUUCCGAGAGUGAAGGCCCCACGAUAAAGCUCUUUGGAAAGACCAUACCUUUGGCUUUGGCGCCACUGAACCAUGAGGCUUCUUCCGCCAUUGAUGAGUCUUGUGGAGCCGUUGAUUCUGAUAUUGCUGCCACUGCUUGUGGUGGUGGUGUUGAAGACUGUUCUGAUGACAAGCAAAAGCUUUCUUCUUCAGCUACUACUAAUUCUCUUAAAGGGAACUCAACGAGAGUGGACAAGGAAACAAUAUCAGAGAAGGAACUCACAGCUGAGAAGCAGGAAGAUGAUACCUCAUAUCAAAUCACAGAAGACUUAAAAACUCCUACAACAUCAUCUGGAAUUAGCGAGAAUCCUAAAACGCCAUCAGUUGAUAGAGAAACUUCAUCUCUGAAAUCCUCUAAUAAUGGAGACCAGAGUGAGGCCAGUUGCUCACAAGAAAAGACUCUAAAGAAGCCAGACAAGAUACUUCCAUGUCCUCGAUGUAAUAGCAUGGACACCAAGUUCUGUUAUUAUAAUAAUUACAAUGUCAACCAGCCUCGCCAUUUCUGCAAGAACUGUCAGAGAUACUGGACUGCUGGAGGAAUCAUGAGGAAUGUGCCUGUGGGUGCUGGUCGUCGCAAGAAUAAAAACUCUUCAGCUUCACAAUAUCGUCACAUGUUAAUGUCAGAUGCUCUGCAAACAGCUCGUGCUAGUGCUGCAAAUGGUGCACACAACACUACUUUGGGAAGCAAUGGUACUGUCCUGACCUUUGGUUCGGAUUCUCCUCUUUGUGAAUCAAUGGCUUCUGUAUUGAACCUUGCAGAGCAAGCACAAAAUUGUACUCAAAGUGGGUUCCAUAGGCCUGAACAAAGAAUUGGGGUUUCUUCCAUACCAGGAGAUAAUAGGGAUGCCCACUCAAGUGGAUCUUCUAUUACAGCUUCAAAUUCAUCAGAGAGGGGAGGUAAAGUUGGUUUACAAGAGCCAGCGAUUAAAAGCUGUCAAAGCUUCCCUCCUCAAGUACCAUGCUUUCCAGGCUCCCCUUGGCCUUAUCCAUGGAACUCAGCUCAGUGGCCCGCUGGAAUGCCUCCACCUCCUUUCUGCCAUUCAGGCUUUCCAAUAUCAUUCUACCCUGCACCACCAUAUUGGGGCUGCACUGUACCGGACUCUUGGAAUUUACCAAGUCUCUCCUCACCAUCCUCUACUCUUAGCCACUGUGCUACAAGCUCUGGUCCAAAUUCCCCAACCUUAGGGAAACAUUCGAGAGAUGAGGACAUUCUUAAUCCAGCCAGCUCCCAGAACGAAGAUCACGCGAAGAAUAACACUUCAGAUAGAUGUGUUUGGAUUCCAAAAACAUUAAGGAUUGAUGAUCCAAGUGAAGCAGCAAAGAGCUCCAUAUGGGCAACAUUAGGCAUUAAGAAUGAAAAGGGAAAUUGUACUAAUGAGGGAGGUCUCUUCCAGGCAUUUCAAUCAAAGGGAGACGAGAAAAAUCACGUGGUUGAAGCGUCUCCAGUGUUGGAAGCCAAUCCUGCAGCCUUGUCCCGGUCACUCAACUUCCAUGAGAGAACAUGAUCACAGCUGAAGUCAGAGUUGUAAACUUUCACAAGGUGAUGGAAGGGAGUUUACCUCCCUGCCACUUUUUGCUGCUGACAAAUUUUACCAUAAGCCAAUAUUGUUGAUCACCCUUGGUGUUGGAACUUCUUUCCUAGAAGUUACAGCAUACAACCGAUAAUCACUUUGUAGGAGAGCAAAGCUGUUUCUGACUAGAUCAUAUAGACUUCUUUUUUUUGGGUUAAAUCUCUGUGUAACAUUAUGGACAGGUCUUUUUUAUUUUCACCUUAGGUAGAUGGUUCAGCAAGUGUUUGUAUACAUAUGUGAGGUAGCAUAAGAUAGCUAAUAAAAAUAUGCAUCAAAAUCCAAUAUUUGUUGAAUAAACUUCAUUUUUCUCA